AUGAAUACCCGACCCGUUAUCGAGACAUCCAGCAAUCCAAUAGCCUUGUCAGCCUCUUUCAACCAAGACGCCAGUUGCUUCGCUGUUGGACUCGACACAGGCUUCUGCAUAUUUAAUUCAGAACCAUGCCAGCUGCGAGUCUCUCGAGAUUUCAACGCCGGCAUAGGGGCGGUACAGAUGCUUGGGAAAGCCAACUUCAUUGCUCUUAUUGGAGGAGGCAAGCAACCAAAGUUUCCUCAAAACAAGGUGAUCAUUUGGGAUGAUGCGAAGCAGAAGGUCGCGAUACAAUUACCAGUCCUUACAACCGUUCGUAGUGUCCGAUUAUCGAGAACACAUAUUGCCAUCGUCCUCCAGAACAGUGUUCGCGUCUACAAAUUCCAAAGUCCCCCAGAGCUCUGGGCUGUCUUCGAAACUGCCGAUAAUCCUCUGGGGCUUUGUUGCUUGACUGCAAAGUCACUCGCAUUCCCUGGACGGACGCCAGGACAGGUUCAGUUGGUUGAGCUGUCCACUGGAAAUGUCAGCAUUAUACCAGCACAUGGCUCCUCCUUACGAGCUAUUGAUAUCAGCCGCGACGGAGAUAUCUUGGCUACAGCAAGCGAAACAGGCACAUUAGUGCGAGUCUUUGCAACAAGCAACUGUGCUAAGAUUGCUGAACUAAGACGUGGAGUUGACCAUGCUACCAUAUACUCCCUGGCUAUUGCUCCUUCCGGUCAACUCCUCGCCGUUACGUCGGACAAAUCCACUCUACACAUAUUUGAUAUUCCUCAUCCAACGAAGCCCCCACGAUCAGCGACCGUAAAUGGUAGUCCGCGAUUGACCUCGACAGGUGGUGGAGGAAGCCCUGUUGUGAGUGACGCGGACCCGAGUCAAAAGUGGGGGAUCUUAGGACGCAUUCCUUUACUUCCCAGAGUCUUCUCCGACAUCUACUCAUUUGCCUCCGCUCAUUUUGAGAUCGGCGACGAACCACUUUAUGGAAGCUCUACGCCCCUUAAUAGCGAAGCGACCUUUCGCCCUCCGAAGGGGAUCAUCGGCUGGACCAGUGAUCAUAGUCUCGUAGUAAUCGGGGCUGGGAGAGAUGGCAGGUGGGAGAAAUUCGUCAUUGCCGAGGGCGAAGAUGGUAGACGUUAUUGCGUCAGGGACGGGUGGAAGAGGUAUUUGGGUGUUACUUGA